AUGGACCCUUCUCCACAUGGCGAAAUACCUAAAUCUUUCAAUACCAAUAGAAGAACCUCGGUGUCAGCAGAAGCGUUGAAUCCAGCAAAGUUAAAGUCAGAGAGUUGGAAACCACCACAGAAUAAUUUAUCAACGACAGAAGAGGAAUCAGUUGCUGAUAGCUUGAAAAACAAUUUCCUUUUCAAGCAAUUGGAUGAAAAGUCAAAGAAAACUGUCAUAUCAGCGUUGGAAUCCAAAAACUUCAAGAAGGACUCGGUAAUCAUUAAACAGGGAGAUGAAGGUGACUUCUUUUACAUAAUAGAAUCCGGAACAGUUGACUUUUAUGUUAAUGACGUCAAGGUCAGUACAAGCAGUGACGGAUCAUCGUUUGGGGAAUUGGCAUUAAUGUACAAUGCACCAAGAGCUGCUACUGUGAUUGCUGUCACUGAUGUCACCGUAUGGGCAUUGGACCGUUUAACUUUCCGUCGGAUCCUAUUGGAAGGUAGUUUCAAUAGACGAUUGAUGUAUGAAGAUUUCCUCAAAGACGUUGAAAUCUUAAAAUCACUUUCUGAUCAAGAGCGUUCCAAAUUGGCUGAUGCCUUAAGCACCGAAAAGUAUCAAAAGGGUGAUAAAAUUGUCACUGAAGGUGAACAAGGUGAAAACUUUUACCUCAUUGAGAGUGGCACAUGUCAAGUUUAUAACAAUAAAUUGGGAGAAAUCAAGAAGUUGGGUAAAGGCGAUUAUUUCGGAGAGUUGGCAUUGAUUAAAGAGUUACCUAGACAGGCUACCGUUGAAGCUUUAGAUAAUGUUAUAGUUGCAACCUUGGGUAAAUCAGGGUUUCAGAGAUUGUUGGGUCCUGUGGUUGAUGUGUUGAAAGAUAAAGAUCCAACUAAAGUUCAAGAUCCAACAAUUGUGCAUUAA